UUUCGUAAACUUUGCCAAGCUUUAAACAGAUAGACGGAACUUUUGUGUGGAGAAGAAAUUUUGAACCGUCGUUGUACUACCUUCAAAGCAAUCGAAGAAUAAAGAUGUUGCAGAGCAAAUCGUUCGUUAGGAAAACAAAGCAAGGCAAAGUAAUCAAGGUCGUAAGAGAGCACUAUCUCAGAGAUGAUAUCUACUGCGGAGCUUCUAUCUGCAAAGUGUGCGAUUCUUCAGUUGCUCGUUUGAGCUCAUAUGCUUCAACGAUUCUGAUUGUUGAUACCAAUGUUGUUCUUCAUCAGAUUGACUUGCUUGAAAAUCCGGCAAUCGAUGAUGUGGUUGUACUUUCGGUUGUGCUGGAAGAGGUGAAGAAUAAGAAUCUUUCAGUUUACAACAGAAUGAGGGCCAUUUGCAGCAAUUCUCUGCGGAAAUUCUUUGUCUUUUCCAAUGAGCACCACAAGGACACAUAUGUCAAGGCUAUGGUUGGAGAAAGUCCAAAUGAUCGGAAUGAUAGAGCAAUUCGUGUGGCGACUCAAUGGUAUCAAAAUCAUCUUGGAGGCAGUACGCGAGUCUUACUUAUUACUAAUGACAGGGAGAAUAAGAGGAAGGCCACUGAAGAGGGAAUUUGUGCAGAGACAGUUGAAUCGUAUGUUAAAUCACUGGGUCAACCAGAGCUGCUUGACCUCCUUGUGCAACCUUCCUCCGAAGAUGUAGCAAUGGAGGAAGUUGAAGAUCAGAGGCCCUCAAAGAAGAAAAUCAUUUAUAGUGAGCACAAACCCAUGUCAGAAAUUACUUCGGGCUUGCAUCGUGGUAUUUACCAUCAAGGAAAGCUCCGUGUCAACCGUUAUAAUCCAUUUGAAGCAUACGUUGGAAGUGAGAGCAUUGGUGAUGAAAUAAUUAUCUAUGGUCGGGCUAACAUGAAUAGGGCUUUUGAUGGUGACAUAGUGGCAGUAGAGCUCUUGCCUCAAGAUCAGUGGCAUGAGGAGAAGUCCCUUUCUAUUGCAGAUGAUGAGGAUGAGGAGGAAGAAGAUGUUCAUUUAGUUCCAAACAGUGCUGAUGAUGCACCUAGAAAUACAAUUUCAACUCCAGGUUCUACUGGAGAUGCAAAUUCUGCUUCUUGUCGUCCAUCUGGGCGUGUUGUUGGUAUUAUCAAGCGGAAUUGGAACUCUUACUGUGGAUCUUUGGAGCCAAUGCCUAUGCCUGCAGGUAACGGUGGUGUUGCUCAUGCUUUAUUUGUCUCCAAAGAUCGUAGAAUUCCUAAGAUUCGAAUUCAAACUCGACAGCUUGGGAAUCUUCUGGACAAGAGAAUUAUUGUAGCUGUUGAUUCUUGGGACUGUUUAUCUCGAUAUCCUUCUGGCCAUUAUGUGCGGACCAUAGGUGAAAUUGGAGACAGAGAUACUGAAAGUGAGGUGGUCUUGAUUGAGAAUGACAUAGAUUCUCGACCAUUUUCUGCCCAAGUAUUGGCUUGCUUGCCACCCUUACCAUGGUCAUUGUCUACCAUGGAUUUGGCAAAUCCUAACAGACAAGAUCUGAGAGAGUUGCGUGCUUUUAGUGUGGAUCCUCCAGGAUGCAAGGAUAUUGAUGAUGCAUUACACUGUACAGCUCUUCCAAAUGGAAAUUUUGAAGUGGGAGUUCAUAUAGCAGAUGUUACAAAUUUUGUCCACCCUGGGACCCCACUUGAUGAUGAAGCUUCACAAAGGGGCACAUCUGUCUAUCUGGUUGAGCGCCGGAUUGACAUGCUUCCGAAACCUCUAACAGAAGAUAUUUGUUCUCUUCGAUCUGAUGUGGAGAGGCUGGCAUUUUCUGUUAUUUGGGAAAUGACUCCUGAGGCAGAGAUUAUUUCUACAAGAUACACUAAAAGUGUCAUUAAGUCAUGUGCGGCAUUGUCUUAUGUUGAAGCUCAAGCCAGAAUGGAUGAUAGCCGCCUGAUGGAUCCAUUAACUACUGAUCUGCGGAAUAUGAAUGGAUUAGCAAAGAUCAUGAGGCUCAGGCGUAUUGAGAGAGGAGCUAUAACUCUUGCUUCAGCUGAAGUCAAAUUUCAAAUCGAUACAGAAACUCAUGAUCCUCUAGAUAUUGGAAUGUAUCAGAUUCGAGAGGCAAACCAAAUGGUUGAGGAAUUUAUGCUUGCUGCUAAUGUUUCUGUUGCGGAAAAAAUCCUGAAACACUUUCCUCAGUGUUCACUGCUAAGGCGUCAUCCAAGUCCUACCAAAGAGAUGCUGGAACCAUUGCUGCGUACAGCUGCUGCUAUUGGUCUCAUAUUGGAUGUUUCAUCAUCGAAAGCAUUGGCCGAUUCUCUUGAUCGUGCUGUGGGUGACGAUCCAUACUUCAAUAAGCUGAUCCGGAUAUUGGCAACAAGAUGCAUGACUCAGGCAGUUUACUUCUGUAGUGGAGAUCUCAGUCCUCCAGAAUUUCACCAUUAUGGGCUUGCUUCACCCAUCUAUACUCAUUUCACUUCUCCCAUUCGGAGAUAUGCGGAUGUUAUUGUGCACAGGCUGCUUGCUGCAGCUUUAGGGAUAUCAAAGCUUCCACCAAUUUUCCAAGACAGACCUCAACUCACUAGUAUUGCUGACAAUUUGAACUAUCGGCAUAGGAAUGCCCAGAUGGCUAGCCGGGCGUCAGUGGAGCUCCAUACGCUCAUCUAUUUCAGGAAACGGCCUACUGACACUGAAGCCAGAAUUGUGAAGAUAAGAUCCAAUGGCUUUAUUGUUUUUGUGCCUAAAUAUGGUAUAGAAGGCCCUGUGUACUUGACGGGAAAAGGAGAGAAGGAACGGGGUGAUUGGUUCGUGGAUGAGGUGCAACAGAAGGUGAAGAAGAUGGAUGGUAGCAUCAGUUACAGCAUUCUCCAGACUGUGAGGAUUCACAUGGAGGUUGUGGAGCCACAGCCGAACCGGCCAAAGCUUCAGCUCAACCUUAUCUAGAAGUUAGCAAUUACAAUGCACAUCCUUGGUUUCAGUGGUGUUUCUCAAAGAAAUAGUAGAUUAUACUUUCCUGAGUUUGAUGAUCAAGAAACACUCCACUGGAGCUGUAGCAAUGUAAAAUAUAAAAGUUUGGUUACCCUUGUCAUUGUUCCAUGUCAUUUAUGAAUAGGGUUCAAAGAUAUUUAUUUA